AUGUUUUAUCUAGGCAACUGCCUACAUCCAUGUAAUGUAUCCUUUAAUUGGGGCAUUUGGGAAUGGAGUCGUUAUCAAGUAUCAAAUCUUGUUUUGAGACAUGGGAUCCAUGAACUUCAGAUUACCUUGACUGGUUUCUGUUCGCGGACAAUCAGUAAUUGGUCUAGCCCAUGGGAACGAACUCUGUCCGUGGAAUGUAAUGAUAGGAGUGCUGAUUAUGGUUUUUUCUGCAAAUCUGAUGAUGAUUGUGAAACGAAUGCUAAAUGUAUACCAAAGGGUGAAAUAAGUACCUGUGAUUGCAAGUCGAACCAUAUCUGGAUAAAUGGACAUUGCUGCGAUGCUAAUGUUCCUAUUGGCGGAGCAUGUGAGUCAGAUAUCCAGUGCAGAGACAAGACCUACUCUGGUGUUUGCUUAAAUUCGAUUUGUAGAUGUGGAGAGGGAAACAAUGCAAUUGAAAACGGAUGUUUUGCAGCUGAUAGUCCUGUUAAUGGAGUAUUUGUGCCUUACAUACAGUGCAAAGACAGAAUUUUUUCUGAUGUUUGUUUGAAUUCGACGUGUCGAUGUGGAGAGGGAUUUAUUUCAGAAGAAAACAAAUGUCUUGCAGCUAAUGUUUCUAUUGGUGGUGAGUGUGUAUCAGAUACUCAGUGCUCAGAUGUAAAUUACAACGGAGUUUGUGUGAAUUCAAUAUGUUCUUGUAGAGAGGGAUAUUUUUCACUGGGAAACAAAUGCCUUUCAGGGAAUGUGACUUUAGGUGGGUAUUGCUCUUUGAAGGAUCAGUGUUCUGGCAGUAUUCAUGCGGACGUCUGCAGGGAUGAAAAGUGUGUCUGCAAGAGUGGUUAUGUAUCAUACAACUUAACAUGUUAUCUAGAAUCAAAUUUUGAUAACAUGUGUUUUUCCGGGAAUAAAACGUGCAGAGACUCAACAAGAGAAUGUAGUAUUGCACACAAUCAAUACGUUGGGAUGUGUGUUUGCAAAUCAGAAUAUUUAGGAUUUGGAGAAAAUUGCUUAAAAGGAAACCUUGCAAUUAACCAGACCUGUGAGCGAAAUGAACAGUGCACUGCUGUUCACGACUUAGAAUGUCAAAAUGGAACAUGUAUGUGUCGAGAUGGGCACGUACCUGUUAAGGAGACUUACUGUAAACCACUGGGAAUAAAUGGAAAGGACGCAGCCAAAUUGUGUUUGAAUCAAAAACAAGGUUUGUACUUUCACUUCACUUCAUUGAUAGCUAAACAUUUUCAUAAUUUGAAUAUUUUUAUGGUUAAUAUAAUGCUUUAUCGUGGUAUCCUUACAAGGGACUUUGUUUGUGUAGGACGUAAUUAUAAGAAUGCUUUACUGUAAAUUAUUAUUUGAACGGUAAUUAGAUUUUCUAUUAUGUUUGU